AUGUUCAACCAUGUUCAGGUGGUCGUCGACCUGGCACGGAGACAAUCCCUGGACGAAUUUGCUACUCCUUUAACACGCGCGAGCCCUCCUCGAGACAGGUCCCCUCCGAAUCCUUGCCUUCCAGCGCGUCUGCCUUCAACGGGUGAGUACUGUUCCUCCUGCGACAUAGAAGCUCCGAGAGCUCUUGAAGCAGAGCUGAAACGACAGCGGAAGGCUCUGGAGAUCGCUCUCGCCAAGCCUUCAGAAGAUGAGCAGGAACAGGACGCUGCGUCGACCUCAAGUUCUCCCAAGACCAGCCCAAAUGUGAAACGCAAGUCUGUACUGGACAUACUACCUUCUGCCAUUCAAGCUGCGAAAAUGCUACGCGAAACCUCAAGGCGAACCGGUAGUUCUCCUUGGAAACCUCCUGAGCCCUUUGAGAUUAUGCGCGCCAUAGAAAGGAAGGACAUCAUGUUCCUUAUGGAUGUCCGCGACAGGUCUUUCGAGAGUCUAGUUAAGAAAUCAGGCGAUGUCACUCCUCUUAUUCAUGCCAUGCGGAUAGAGGCCACCGACAUUGCCAUCGUGCUACUUGGCGCAUUUUCCCGGUAUAUUAACAACCUCAAUGACGAGGACUUUGAGAAACCGGAAACCAAGAAGAUGUUGAAGAUGCUGAGAGUAAAUUUGAAGAUAGCUAUCGAUUACGGGCUGCAGAAAUCCCAGAAAGACCUCAUCGCCUCGUUUUUGCAGACCCUCAUCAUGAGCGAGGGCGACUCGUGGUUAACGCUACAAACUGGCGACAUCGCAGCUGCACUCAGGCAAGGCGUGGACGGGAAAGCUGUCCAUGCCGCUGAAGCUGCCGUACGAAGCUUCGCGACGAACAAUCUUGGCAAGGCUCAUUUCAUCGCCACUCUUGAAGACUACAUUGCCAACGCUACCGCGGACCUUGUAAUGAUGGCCGCGUGGUCCAAUAUAUUGCAAUACGUACAAGACGACCCAAUGCCCACAUACUACUUUGCCAGGGAUGAUCGCGUAUACAGAGCGUUCGUUGAACGGUUGGAUCGACAUCAAGAUACCAUUCGAACGAAAGUUGGAAGGCGGCUUCGUUGGCAGCUGGGAGCCCUCCGAGUGCAUCUGGAAGGUCGGAGCAAGAACUAUCGGACUAAGGUCGAGUCGCUUGCAAAGGAACUGGACGAAUCCGAAGGACAUUGA